UUGUGUAACGUUACAUUGACCUUUUUAUACGACAGUGUAUUAUAUGGAAUUAAAUGUAUUUGCUAAUAAAAUCAUAAUCUUGAGUGUUAGGAAGCGUCACAAAAUAUUUUAUUUCUUACGUCACCAGCGCCCGCUCUGAUUGGCUGCAGAAGCAGCGCGCUGUCAGUGGGGCGGAAGUUCAUCAUUAUCCACGGGGAAAAAAAGGUCUCCCUUCGCUUUGACUUCAACAUCUCAGUUCAGAGAAAGACAUACGGUUCUUUCAAGCAGGAGCACGGCAUGUGAUGUCAGCUUACAGCAGCAGAUGUAGCUGACAUCCUUCUGUCACAGCGGCCAUGGAGGAGGUUUCGUCGCUGAGUGGUGGAGCUCUGAUGCGCCGCGGGCCCUACAUCAGCGUGAUCACCAACCGAACUAUGAACCUGCUGAUCCGUGCUGCAAUGCUCUUCAUGGUGGGCGUGUUUCUAGCGCUCGUGCUGAACCUGCUCCAAGUGCAGCGUAACGUCACACUCUUCCCUCCAGACGUCAUCAGCAGUGUUUUCUCAUCCGCCUGGUGGGUUCCACCCUGCUGUGGAACAGCCGCAGCGUUGAUUGGUUUGCUGUACCCCUGUAUGGAUCGUCGUCUGGGGGAGCCGCAUCAGCUCAAGAGAGAGUGGUCUAAUGUGAUGCGCUGUGUGGCCGUCUUUGUGGGUAUAAACCAUGCCAGUGCUAAGGUAGACUUUGCCAAUAACGUGCAGCUGUCGUUGACGCUGGCUGCCCUGUCUGUCGGCCUGUGGUGGUCGUUCGAUCGCUCACGCAGUGGUUUUGGGCUGGGAGUCAUCAUUGCAAUACUUGCCACGCUGGCCACCCAGCUACUGGUUUACAAUGGAGUCUUUCAAUAUACCUCCCCUGACUUCCUGUACAUUCGUUCCUGGCUGCCAUGUAUCUUCUUCGCAGGGGUGAUAACUGUGGGGAACAUUGGACGACAGCUAGCUCUGUACGAGCACAAAGUCAGUCAGGAAAAGACCCACCAGGAUUAAUGAAGAAUGGUCUGCACACAAGGAAAACCCCAGGAUGAAGAGUGAGGAGUCCAGCAGGAGCACCAUGACUGACGGAGGAGGAGCUACCGUCUGUGUUUGAGGAUGACCGUGUUAUGAUCUGUUUUCUGCCUCCUCAGGCUCUCUAAGAGUGUGUAACAGUAAGAUAAAAUGUCGUUUACACACUCUCACACUGUCUUCGCUGGCACUCAAAUGCAAGCAGCUGCAGUUAAGUGCCAAACUGACUCUGACUGAUCAAACUGAAUGACUGAGCCUGGUGUGUACAAGAUGGACAAAACAUUGAUUGAAUAUUUAGAUGGAUUACAUGCACAGACACAAAACUGAAUCACAAGGUUUUUUUUCUAUAUGAUCUUCCUGCUGUUGUGGCCUCUAUCCUCCAUGACGCGUGGAGGAGAGUCACCUGGACAGAGCUCCAUCAUCGGAUCUCAUUCUCCAUGUAAAACAAUCACUUAUAAGAAGUAAUAUAGAGUAUUAUGACAGGGCAUCAAAUCGUUGUUGAAGGCCAGCUCAUAUCCACCACUAGUGGGCAUUAGAGCAUAACUGACCCGUCACAUGUGUCUGUAAACACACAGAAGGCAUCAUAUUCUCUAACAGAUUAAUCAGUGUGCUGUGUUCAUUAGUUGGGAGAGGGAGGUUCAGCAAGGUGUUGAUUAACGCUUUGAUUACAACUUGAAUAUUUUAUUGUGAUAUAUUCCUCUUUAUAACCAGAUCAUUCCCUGCUAGACCCGAAGAACUCCUCAGGUUUGACUAUAUGAAGCAUCCCUUAGCUCCAGAAAUCACUUCAAUGUCUGAUAUAAAUAACUGACUUCAGAAUAAAAUCUAAGUGAUUCUUAAUGGUGUUCUAUUGAAAAUUACCAAAGCCUUAAAAUAGCAAGAGAUUGAAGCUCAAAAUAAAGAGGAAGGAACAGGCAAACCACCAUCUGUGCACUGAUUUUGGAUAAAUUAAGGGAGUUUUUUUUUUAAUUAUUAUUAUUUGGGGGAUAUUUUCUAAAAUGCUGAGUAGAAUGCAAGGUAUGCGGGAUCAGUAUGUUUUCAGUGUUACAAUGAGAUUUAACGACUUAAACAAUUGUAGACUUGCGAGAGUAAUUGUACAGUUUAUAUGUGACAUCUGAAAGGAGCAUUUCGGGAUGUUUUGUCAUGCAUGGGUUAUUACUUGAUCCAGGGUUUGUAUUUUACCACAUUUACUGUUUUUUUGAAGUUAAAAGUUGUUGUUAUUAUUACAUCUAUUAAAAGAGACUUCCUUUGA